UUAUAAUCUCCAUAUUCAUUUUCAAAUUUAUUUAGUUAAAAACAAAUUCCAGAUGCUCUAAUUUUCUUGUCUGUUAUUAUUUUCUUUCUUUUUCGUUCGUGACUAAUUCCAUAUUAAACCCUGCUGAAGCUAAUCGAAGAAAAAAAAUUCAAAUUAUUUUCCGGUGAUUAUUUAUUUUUCUCCAUGUUAAGAAAGAAUUGAAAAUUCUUGAAAAUCAAGGAAUCGAAUUCCGCGAAUUGGAAAGAAAAAUUGGAGGGAGAAAAAAAAAAGAUCGAAAGAAAAACUGGAAAAUGAAAUCGAUGGAGACGAUACAGGAUCUGAUCGAAGAUGCCAAAGUACGGACGGUCUGGUGGGCGUUGGCUACGUUUGUCGUAACUUACUCCUUGACUCAUACAAGUACAUCGAUGUGGAUGAAUUUACCUAUAGCAAUUCUUAUUGUUGCUGGAUUGCGAAUUUUGAGUAAUGAGGUUGAGUUCAAAUGGAAAGUUAAAUCAGUUCGUGUUCUGAGUUAUUUGUCUCACUUGGAGAAGAAACAGUUGUCCGUGAAUGAUUCCCGUCUUUCCAGCUCACCACCUCCGCUCAAGUGGAAGCGGAAAAUUGAUUCUCCUAUGGUGGAGGCCGCUCUCAAUGAGCUUAUUGAUAAAAUACUUAGGGAUUUUGUUGUGGAUUUGUGGUAUUCGGAGAUUACUCCAGAUAGAGAGGCACCUGAGUUGAUGCGAGAUGUAAUUUUGGAUGCUAUUGGUGAAAUAUCAGGAAGGGCGAAAGAGAUAAACCUUGUUGAUUUGCUAACUCGGGAUAUAGUUGAUUUGAUAGGAGAUCACUUGGACCUUUUUAGAAGAAACCAAGCUGCAAUAGGUGUUGAUGUUAUGGUAACAUUGUCAUCUGAAGAAAGGGAUGAAAGACUGAAACACCAUCUUAUGGUUUCUGAAGAGCUUCAUCCUGCACUGAUUUCACCAGAGAGUGAGUACAAGGUUAUUCAACGGCUUAUUGGUGGAGUUUUAGCAGUAGUAUUAAGACCACGAGAAGCUCAAUGUCCUUUGGUUCGAACUAUUGCUCGUGAGAUUGUUACUUGCCUGGUUGUGCAACCUCUUUUGAAUUUGGCAAACCCUGGGUGUAUCAAUGAAGUAAUUGAAUAUGUUCUACUUGCCAUUAAUGAUGGUAUGAUUAAGGUGGUGGAAGGUUUUGAUCAGUCUUCAGUUGAAAUCCGUGGUGAUGACUCUUCCUCAUGCAAAAUUGCGUCCUUUAAUAGUCAGGGAACUGAUUUGACAUUGGCUAGACUUGAUGAUCAGAAAGAAACAUAUUCAGAUUCUAACAGAUGCGAGGAAGAAUCAGUGCAGCCUCGACCAGCUGACUGGGCUCGAAAAUUAGAGGCAGCAACCCAGAGAAGAACUGAAGUUCUUGCCCCUGAAAAUCUUGAAAACAUGUGGACAAAAGGAAGAAACUACAAAAAGGAGGAGAAAAAAUAUGUAAACGCAAGAUUUCAAGAAGCUAUUCCUAGGGGUUCUGUGACAAAGAGUGCUGUGUUGACAGGGUAUCCAGGAAGUGAAAUCUCUACCAACAAUGUUGGAACUUCUACAGGAAGUGAAGAGAAACUUGUGAUGCAGACAAUGCCCGGUUUAAAUCUUGAUGCUCAAUUAUUUGAUGGUAACACAGCAGGCACACAGUUGGCCUCGGAAUUCAACAACUCAUCGUCAUUUGGAGGAGAUCAUCAUAUUAACAAUUUUAAUGAUGCUAGUGAGCAAUCUGCUGACGGAAAUAAAAGUAGGCUUAAGAGAUCCAGUAGUAGCUCCGAUUUGAAUGUUGAACCUGAUACUAAGAAGGUAUUUACAGGAGAUAUUCGAGAGCCGAUUAUUUCAGAGUUCUACAGCCCUGAUUUUGGCAGGCAUACUGAAGAAUAUAGGGGUAAGAUUACCUCAAAUACAGUACUUCGCAAUGAGGAGCCACAUGUUCCGAAGCUUAGGUGUCGGGUUAUUGGAGCAUAUGUUGAAAAACUUGGAUCAAAAUCAUUUGCAGUUUAUUCAAUCGCUGUGACAGAUGCCGAAAACAGAACUUGGUUUGUUAAAAGAAGAUACAGGAAUUUUGAACGGUUGCAUCGACAUCUUAAAGAAAUUCCUAAUUAUACAUUACACUUGCCUCCCAAAAGGAUAUUUUCGUCAAGCACCGAGGACACUUUUGUUCACCAGCGUUGCAUUCAGCUUGACAAGUAUCUAGAAGAUCUGUUGUCUAUAGCUAAUGUGGCUGAACAACAUGAAGUGUGGGACUUUUUAAGUGUUUCCUCAAAGAAUUACUCUUUUGGAAAAUCUUCAUCAGUGAUGAGAACCCUUGCAGUCAAUGUGGACGAUGCUGCUGAUGAUAUUGUACGCCAAUUUAGAGGAGUAUCAGAUGGCGUAAUGUGCAAAGCUGUUGAUUUGUCUUCUCCCCCUAGUGAAGCCUCUUCUUCAGUCACUGGCAGGACCUUGUCAUGGAGUGCUGAUGAGAUUGCUAAAGACAUUUCAAGGCAAAGUAACUUGGAGACAGUGCAUAGUGCUUCUGAUAACGAAGAAGGUGAUAAAGAUAGUAGCCAUGGUCAUGAGGAUGAUAGAUCUGGUUCCCAAGGCCAUGGUUGGCAUCCAGACUUUGAGUUGAACACAAGUUUGCCUCCAAGGGUGAUAGAGCAUAGUGGAGAGUCUGGUAAUUUAGUCUCUGAGAAACAUAAUUUAGGUGUUAAAACUGAAUUGCUUGGCCAGCAAGGUUCUCCUGCAAUAAAAUUCCCCACAACCUCAAGCCAUAUGGAGGAUCCAGUUGGAAUGCCCCCGGAGUGGGCACCUCCUAACAUGAGCGUGCCUUUGCUGAAUCUAGUUGAUAAUGUGUUUCAGCUUAAGAGAAGAGGCUGGCUAAGAAGACAGGUCUUCUGGAUAUCUAAGCAAAUAUUACAGCUGGUGAUGGAGGAUGCCAUCGAUGACUGGCUUUUGAGGCAGAUUUAUUGGCUUCGGAGGGAGGACACUAUUGCACUAGGGAUUCGAUGGAUUCAAGAUAUUCUGUGGCCAGGUGGUACAUUCUUUACAAAAGCAGGGAAUAUUCAGGGAAAAUUCGAGAAUACUCAGCCUAACCAGACACCUUCGCAGAACUUCAGCCAAUUUGGUGGGGGUAAUGUCAAUAAACCAGGGUCCUUUGAGGAACAACUUGAGGCAGCUCGUAGAGCAAGCAACAUUAAAAAGAUGCUUUUUGAUGGAGCUCCGACAGCCUUAGUUAGCUUAAUCGGGCACAAGCAAUACAGACGAUGUGCAAGAGACAUAUAUUUUUUCACUCAGUCAACUAUAUGUGUGAAGCAACUUGCUUACGCGAUAUUAGAACUUGUAAUCAUAUCAGUUUUCCCUGAGCUGCGGGAUCUUGUGGUGGAUCUUCAUGGAAAGAAACAUAUUAAAGUUGCAUAGGAAGUUACGGUUUCUAUUUCUGUGAAGGAAGUCUGCUGUUGUCUCAAUUACAUCCAUGGAAGCUUAGAAAAUGAAGAACGAUGUAGUCAACCAGCACCAUUGGCUUUGCCUGUGACAUUCACUACUAUACCAAAUUACUAGUAAGCAGUGCUAUAUAUAUAUAUAUAUAUGAAUGUUUUUGUUUUGUUGGGUUUUAGGAAAUUUUCAUUUAAUCUCACAUUCUAAAUGUACAGGAAUGUAGAUUUAGUCUGUAUAGAAUGUUAUAUACAUGGGCUUACUCAGUCGGCAAUCAGCAGCCUGCCUGUUGGAAUUUUGUGUUGAUUUGUAUUUUGGACAUUUGAGAAACAAAGUCGGUGAUAUUCAUUAUUCUUUCCUAACCACGACCAGUGGUUUUGGAAAAUUUUCUAUUAUUAGUGGAGCUCAAAAUGAAACGACGAAUUACUUUGUGAA